UUACAUUUUAUGAUUUCAGAUUCUGAAGAAGCUUUAUUUAACCCAAAUUGUAGAACAAUGUUAUUAUUAGAAAACAUUAAACAAAGAUGUCACUGUGCAGAAGAUGUUGAAGUGGAUCUUUCCGAUAACGAAGGCAAUGUUAAGUAUCUAAAUGUAGCAGAAUCAUUACAGAAAUAUGCAAAUGAGAUACUGAAAGAAAGAGAAACAUUCGUUUUAGUCAGAGUCGAACGUCUUGAUGAAAACAGUAAACCCCAAUACUACCCUCUACUCAAUGACGAUACGAUCGACGCUUCUUUCUUGGCCAAACUAUCAAGUAAAGAUAAUGCCGGGUCACAAAGUGGUAAACGAAAGAAACGUGGUGACAAAGAUGGUCUUAAAACCAGCCAAGCCAACACUAGAGGGCGAUCAGGAUUCAAAGUUGCACCUCCACCUGGCCCAGCUAAAUCGACCACACCAACAGGAAAAAGAAAGAAAUAGAUCAAACCAACGAAAAACAAAUCGUAUAAAUCUGCAAUAUUUAUACACAUAUACGUGUAUUUAUUCUUAGUAGUUCUUGUCGAAAUGUAUCAUGUGACCUUAGUACACGUACUUCGAGACAACAACUGUAUGUGCAUGUAGGCCACCACACUGGAAUGUCGUUUGCAUAAUGACGUCAUGUGCGUAUACAAUCAAUGACGUCAUGGCAAUUUAAUUUGUGUGUCGCUAUCGAAGUGAUUCCAAUAUAUGGAUGUAUGAGGGCGUCCUCUUACAAUGUUUUAUUUUCCUGUGCGUGUGGGCGUGAUGACUCGAUAGAUUCGGCAUCACUUGUACAGCAUUGAGUGAUUUUCAGUUACAUUACAGUUAUUGGACGGCAAUAGUAGAUUUCUAAAUAAAGAUAGAUUAUAUAACC